AACUUUCAGUUCUGGUUUGGUACAAUCAAAUACUCUAUACAUACAUUAGACUAUUAGAGUUAUCAAUAAUGCAAAGACUCUUCAAACUGAACACGGAGAAAUAAACUUGAUUUUCGAGCAACAUAUAUUUUUGCUGGUCUAAUAGUAAGGAUCGAAAUUGGACCAAUGCCUGCUAAAGUUUUCCUAACACUGUUGGUAGCUAUUGUUACGGUCAAAGCUGUGAAUGCUGUGACGUCAUGUAGAGAUCGAUGUGGUAACUUUGAUCGAGCGAGCCAUUGCCAGUGUAACGGUGCCUGUGCACGAUUUGGAGACUGUUGCCAUGACUACCUGACUGUUUGUAAUCCAGGAGGAAGACCUGGUGAGGCACCGGUUACUAAGCAGCCCAUCUUGUCGAGGGACAUAUCUCGCCUUGCAGACAGCCUUUGGGCAGCCGAUUCGAACCGUUUACCGGGUAUGAUGUACUCGAUCCGAAAACAGAGCAGAAUCACGCAUCUAUUCAGGCGUAGGGAUACAGCACCAAAGAGUCUCUUUUCAAACGUCCUACCAGCCGCCUUGUAUGGUCAAACUAUCACACCCUUCCGAGCUCUUCUAAACAACUACGAGCGAUCGGCAGGGGUGCCAGAGCGAAAUACGAUCACAAAACAACGAGAGAUCAGUCGAUUUCUAGAGGCCAUUUUCAGUACUGACGUCAUUCAAAGGACCUACAAUCUCCUUCACAAUAAAGGACAUUUCGCUUCUCAAACCGAAUUCAAGGAUUUCUUGAAUGCUACGUGGUUCGGUCUCUAUUCACGGUCUGGCGGCGUCCUGGACUCUUCGGCAUUCGAGCACACGUUCGUGGGGGAGAUGAAAAAUGGCGCUGUGACCGGAUUUCAUAACUGGAUACAAUUUUGUCUCCAGGAAAGAGCGGGAAAUCUCAACUACUAUGGCUACACCCGUGAAAAGCAGCCAAAUCAACUUCUUCUCCAGUUUAACUGGUUGGGCCAGGUGAAAACCCUGUCCUCCAUCAUACACGGUGUCAGUCCCGAGUUCGAGCUCGCUCUCUUCACCACGUGUUACAUCGCACGACCAAACAAUCUGUGUAGAUUUAAAAUCAACGAUCGAAACGUAGCUAUAAGAACGUGGACGCAUGAGGGCGACAAACUUGGUGCAGCUUAUUUCUAUGUGUAAGACUUUCAUGGAUUGUGUUCAAAAUGAUAUAU